AUGUCCCUGCCCGUGGUGCUCCCGGGCUCCUGCUGCCCUGUGGCCGGGCUCUCGGGCGGGCCGCAGGCCGGGGGCCCGGGCGCCGCCGCCGCCGCCCAGGAGCCGCCGCUGCCCCCGCUGCGGCCGCGCUGGCCCCGGGCCGCUCUGCCGCCCCCCGUGCGGCCUCGCUGCGCCGCCACCGCCGCCGGGGUGCUGGCCGGGCCGCCCGCGCUCUCCUCCCGCCGGGCCGCCGCCGCCGCCGCCGCCGCCGCAGCCCCGGGCUCGGCGCUGCUGCCCGCUCGCCCGCUGCUGUCGCUCGGGCUGCUGCAGCUGAUCCUGGGCUGCUGCAUGGUGGCGCUGAGCUUCGGGGCGCUGUCGCUGAGCAGCUCCCCUCAGGUGAAGAACUCGUGUCCGUUCUGGGCCGGCUCCUCGGUGAUACUCUCUGGAAUCAUAGGAUUAACAACUUGGAAACGGCCUAUGAUACUCCUGGUGAAUCUCUUUGUGCUGCUCUCCGUGGUGUGUGUCCUCUUAAAUCUAGCUGGAUUUAUCCUCGGCUGCCAGGGCGCCCAGUUUGUGUCCAGUGUGCCCAGGUGUGAUCUGGUGGACUUAGGCGAAGGCAAGAUUUGCUUCUGCUGUGAAGAAUUUCAACCAGCCAAAUGCACAGACAAAGAAAAUGCCUUGAAGCUCUUUCCGGUUCAGCCUUGUAGUGCUGUUCACCUUCUGCUUAAGAAAGUCCUUUUCGCCCUGUGUGCCUUGAAUGCCCUGACCACCACCGUCUGCUUGGUGGCAGCCGCCCUUCGCUACCUCCAGAUGUUUGCAGCCAGAAGAGCCUGCAUCGACGAAUCUCAGAUUUCUGCCGAGGACGUGGAAGAACACGGACGGAUCCCAGACCCCGAGGACUUCGUGCCGCCGGUGCCCCCCCCUUCCUAUUUUGCCACGUUUUACUCAUGCACACCCCGGAUGAACCGCAGGAUGGUCGGUCCUGAUGUCAUCCCCCUCCCCCAUAUCUACGGAGCACGAAUCAAAGGUGUGGAAGUGUUCUGUCCCCUGGACCCCCCGCCUCCGUACGAAGCUGUGGUGAGCCAGACGGACCAGGAGCAGGGGUCUUCAUUCCACGUGCCAGGAGGAUCGGAAGGUGCAACGAGCCCCUUGGAACCGAUCUGCAUGCCACUGACUCAAGGUGAGGACAUUCCUAACACACCUGGAGAAGAAAGCACAUCCAUCUCAACUCCCGAUGCAAACCAGCUGCCUCCCACGAGAAGCCGGACAGUCUUCCCAGCCCUGAGGACGAGAUCGAGGAGCGACCCUGUGCUCCAUCAUUCCACGGAGAGAGCUGCCCCCGUGCUCAGCUGCGAAGCCGCGACGCAGACCGAGGGCAGACCGGACCUGGCCGCGGUGACCUUGAGGCGAGGUCUGCGGUGCAGAGCUGCGCGAUGCCGGCCCCGGUCCCUGAUAGAUUACAAGUCCUACAUGGACACCAAGCUGCUGGUGGCGAGGUUCCUGGAGCAGUCGUCCUGCAGUAUGACCCCAGACAUCCACGAGCUGGUGGAGAACAUUAAAUCCGUCCUCAAGUCCGACGAGGAGCACAUGGAGGAGGCCAUCACGAGCGCCAGCUUCCUGGAGCAGAUAAUGGCCCCGCUGCAGCCCAGCACGUCCGGGGCCCACGCGCCGCCCCCGCCGAGACGGCCUGGCUUCCUGCACCUGCGGAGCUGCGGGGACCUGAGCACCUGCGUCCCGGCGGGGAGGCCCCGAGCCGAGAGGAGGCUCCAGCGAGCAGAGGCCGAGCGGCCCCACAGCCUCAUCGGCGUCAUCCGGGAGACCGUCCUGUGAAACUGUGGGGUCCCCCCGUCCCCGCAGCGCCUCCCACCCCCCUCCACCCUGGCGUUGGCCGGGGAGGGGCAGGACGG